AUGGCGCAAGCAGCGGUCUUCGUCUUUGCGCUUAUUGAUGAUUGCUUUUUACUCUUUCUUGCUGUUUACUUUAUUAUAGAAUUAUCGGAUCUAGAAAGUGACCACAUCAAUGCUACCACUUGCUGUACCAGGUUAAAUAGGUGGCUGCUUCCCGAGGCUUUGGCUCAAUUACUGACUACAGUCAUGCUCCUGUUAAGCUUUGAGUUGAUGUUCCUCAUAUUCACUUUACCCAUGACAAUAUUCUUGGUUAGGAGGAUAAUUACCAGCCGAAGAGGUCAUCUUGGAUACUAUGAUCCCACUGAGAUUUAUAACAGAGGAUUGCUAAAGAGUCAUAUCAAGGAAAGCAUGAUUAAAAUGGCUUAUUAUUUGUUCGGAUUUUUUAUAUUCUUGUUCAGGUUAGAACCAAAAUUGUUACACUUAGAUUAA